UGCUUCACCCACGUCUCCCACCUUACCUCGUCACUAUAUACAAAGAAUCUGCUAUAUAAUUCUAACCUCAUUCCUUCCUUCCACUUCUCUUCAAAAUACCAGCAAAGAAUCUGUUUAAAAUCAAAGAAAAACUUUUUUGAGCUUAUUCACAUCAAAAUGGAUGGUUUUUCAAGAAAUGUGCUUUCUUCUUCUCUAGUAGCUGUUCUCUUCUUCUUCCUCCUCUUGAGCUUCUCAGAAGCCAGAGACCAUUUGGUAGGGGGGAAAACUGAUUCUUGGAAAAUCCCAUCUUCAGAAUCAGAUUCCCUCAAUCGAUGGGCUGAAAAAUCUCGCUUCCUCAUUGGAGAUUCUCUUGUGUGGAAGUAUGAUGGGAAAAAAGACUCAGUUUUACAAGUGAACAAGAGGGAUUAUGUGACAUGCAACAGUUCAAGUCCAAUAGCAGUGCACAAUGAUGGGAAUACAAAGAUAGAGCUAACAAAUUCAGGAGCUUACUAUUUCAUAAGUGGAGCAAAAGGGCAUUGUGAGCAAGGCCAGAAACUGAUAGUAGUGACCUUAUCUGAGAACAACAUGAGGAGAUUCAUGGGUGCACCUGCACCUUCUCCGGUCGAAUUUGAAGGUCCAGCUAUGGCUCCUACUAGCAAUGCUAUUAGCUUGAAGGCUAGCUUGGUUAUAGCUUUUGGGGUUUUAAUGGGGUUUUUUAUUUGAUGUGAGAGAGAGUUUUGAAGUGAUUUUCAUGGUAAUUUGAUUGAUAGAUAGAUAGUCAAAUGGUGAGAGGGAAAAGGAGGAAGAUGGGGUUCUUAGUCUUUUUCUUUUGGUCAAUAUUCUUUGAUUCAAUUUGUUCUUUACUUUUCAUUAAGUUAUUUCAAGCUUUAUUUUAUUGUUUGUUCUUUAUGGUAAA